AUGAGAAACAUCAAGGAUAGAACCUCAGAAGAUGAACUCCAUUUUCAAGAUGUUGGACCAGAACCAUUAUAUCCAUCUAACAAAAUAAUCAGAUGUGAAAUUGAACCAUCAAGUCAUUGGGGUUCUCAUAUCACAAUCAAUUAUUCUUCAGUAUUAAAGGUUUUCUUUUCUAUCAAUGAUCUGGAAAUCCAAAGAAUACAAAACUUUUAUGUGAACAAUAAUAUCCCUUUUCUUGAGACAGCAAUAAGAAACGAGAUCAAGAAAAAGGUGUUCCAUCUUGAGCUCACACCGGUUGGUCUUCCAUGUUCACCUAAAUUGCCAAUUGUAAUCAAAAAUUCACAUUUGGUUACUGCACUCUUAGAUUCUCUGGAUGAUUUUGAAAAUUUUAUACCAAAAACUUAUCCCAUCAGUAUAAACAAAGAAUCGGUUACUGAUCCUUUAACACCCGAUUUUGAAACACUAGAAUUAAGUCUGGAUUCCUUACAUGGAAAAAAUUUUGAAUUUUUGUUGAAAUCAAUCGAAGAUAAUAAUUACGAACAAAACAAUUUUGCCUUCUGGCAAAAAAAUGUCACAAAAGCGCAAUCUGCUUUACAAAAAAAAGAGUAA